UCUCCACAGAAUAUCCAAAAGGAGCACAUACAAAUAAUUAUGUAGGUACCAGUUUACACAAAAUAAAUACAACAAAACAACCUACAACAUCACACAAUGUUUCGAAAUUGACUUUUCACAAUUUAAUCUUGAUACUACAUACAAUAAAAUAAAUUGAAUACAAAUUAAAUCUUUUAAAAAUGUAAAUAUCUAAAAUAUUGUAACAAAUGAUACAUUUUUACAUGAUGUAUAUUUAUCAUUGACAAACUAGACAAAUUACAAACACAACCAUUUCGAAAAGUAAAUAACACCAUAAAAUGACAACCAAAAAAUAUCACCCCAAAGACACGUGUAACCCUGCAGAAAACAAUAAAAAUAUUGAUUACAAUCAUGUUAUCACGUUUUGGGAUUGUCUAUUUGGAAAGGAUCGGUGGAGGAAUUUGUACAGAAAGAGAGGUGAUGUUUUGGAAGAAGAGAGAAUACAAAGGAUGAAUGCUCGAAAAGAUCCAAUAAAGACAGUGACGAUCCUUAAACCAACAUCUAACAAACGUAAUACAUUUGAAAAGAAACCAAAAACCAUUUUUCACAGAGAAAUAUACAGUAUUGAAAUAGAACCCACCAAUCUGUUACGUUUUAUAUGGCCAUGGAAAAAGGAUAAGUAUAAGGCAAAGGAUUCAGAACAUAUUGUGAAGAAUAAACAAGAAAACUCUUUGGUUGAAAAUGAGCCUGAUAACAAGAAAAUACAGUCUCUCGUCAAAAGGAAUAGGAGGAGUAGAAAAGAACUGGAGUUGAGAGCCAACAGGGAUGAACUGAAUGUAAAGAAAAUCCAAACUGAGAAAAAAGGGGAUAAGUAUAAGACAGAGGAUACAGAAUAUAUUAUGAAGAAUAAACAGGAAAAUACUUUGAUUGAAAAUAAACCUGAUGGCAAAAGAAUACAGCAUCUUAAAAGAUAUAUGAGGGGUGAAAAAGAAAUGGAGGUGAGUGCCAAUGAGAAAGAGCUGAAUGUAAAGAAAAUGCAAACUGAGAAAAAGAGGGAACGUCAAAGAAAAAUGUACCACGUAGAGAAGGAUGAGAAUAAAUAUUCUCAUAAAUGUUUUCCAUCAUCAAAUUUUAGAAGAACUGGAAUGAGAGUCCCACCACCCACAUUCAUUACUGCACAACUAACUGAUCUGUCAACAAAAAUUGAUAAAUUGGAAGACACAAUAAAAAAAUUGAGUUCAAAUAAUCAAUCACAUUCAAAUAAACUACUUGGGGUAGGUGACAAAAAUUCAAUCAAAUCCAAGAUUCAGAAGGUUUGUCAUAAUAGAGACGACAGGAAAACUGAUGACAAAAUGAAUUUCACAAGAGUAUGUAGAAAUGUUACUAGACAAGUUUACAAUAAUAACAGGAAUGUUGAUGAGACAUUUAAAACAGUAGAAGAUAGUUUUACAAACGUUUGUGAGGAUCAUGAAGAUUCUUUGAAAAAUAUUACAAAACAACCAAGAAAGUAUAGUAUUCAAAGAAGUAGAAGCAAUCCAUCACUACUUAGAAUUCAUGCCUCCGAAUAUUCCAACUGUCACGACAGAAGCAACAGCCAUGAUGCUUGCAUCUUGAUUCAUACAAGGAAGAAAGAUGUUUGUGUACAUGGGAGUUAUUUAGAUGUCAAACAAAGUCAAAGUUGGUGGAAUCAGAUCAGAAAUAUGAGUGUCGUCUUCUUCAAUCAAGUGUUUUAUAGAAAUACUUCUAAUGUGGUGAGCGAAAAUGAAGAUGGUAACAAAGAAACAGAAACAGAGAACGAGAAGGAAAAUAGAGACAGAAAUGAAUUCUCCACAGAUAAUGAAUCAUUUCAGUCGUUCGAUGAGUAUGAUUUUGGAGAAGAAUUGAACAGCAAUUGUUCAAAGUAUCGAAAAAGUGUAAGCUACACGAUUUUGAAUCAUAGGCACAUGGAGCUGACUGCUGAUCAUGCCCAUGACAAGAAACAAGUAGAAAAUGUUGCAAGAAAUAUAAUAGUCCCAGAAGUAGACAGUAAUGAUAUAUCCAGAAUAACCCCAAACAUGAUAGAUGGAGAUAUUGAUGAUCCUGUUGAACAUUUUAAGUUUUGUAGCUCUGUUAAAAAUGUCGUCAUUAAAAGUGAUAAUGAUUUGUUUUACAAUAACCUAACAGGUGAGAUGCAUUCGUCAGAGAAAUAUAAAUUAUUAUUCAGUGAAAAACAGAAUUUUUGUGAUAAUAGUUACCAACAAUAUUUGAUAAAUAAUAAUAGACAGAAUGAUAAUGGAAAUGACAACCUAAAAAUGAAGCAAAAUAUGAAUAAAAACUUUGGAAAAAAUGAUGACGAUCUGUGUCAUAGAUUAGAAGAAAAUCAGCAAAUUUAUCAAAUUGAAAAACACAACGAAUUUGAAGCAUCUGCUAAACAAUUGGAGACUUUCAGAAAAAUAAUCCAAUCAAAAUUUGAAAGUAAAUAUUCUGGAACAAGAUAUGAAGAAAAUUUGACAGAAACAUUGAAAUCUGAAUACAUAGACACUUUGAAAAAUUUGUCAAUUCUUGAGGGAUUGACUAAAGUUAACUUUUAUUCAUUCUUCCAAGGAAAGGAGGAAAAUGAUUCAAUUUUCCUUUCAAAUCUAGUGGGUACUCCCUUUUAUCAGGUUUAUGAAUCGAAAUGAGUUUUUUUAGAGGCGGACCCAGAAACUGAACAUAAACUCAAAUAUUAGGUGUUAUAAAA